GGCGCCUCGCCGCCGCCCUCCACAGCCAGCGGCGCAGCGCGGCGACCAUGAAGAUCAAGGAUGCCAAGAAGCCAUCUUUUCCUUGGUUUGGCAUGGACAUUGGGGGAACUUUGGUGAAACUUGCGUAUUUUGAACCUAUUGAUAUCACUGCGGAGGAAGAGCAGGAGGAAGUUGAAAGCUUGAAGAGUAUCCGCAAAUAUUUGACUUCUAAUGUAGCCUAUGGAUCGACUGGCAUUCGAGAUGUCCACCUUGAACUGAAAGACUUAACGAUUUUUGGUCGAAGAGGAAACUUGCACUUUAUUCGAUUCCCAACUCACGAUUUGCCCACUUUUAUCCAAAUGGGAAGAAAUAAAAACUUUUCAACACUACAUACGGUGCUUUGCGCCACCGGAGGUGGUGCUUAUAAGUUUGAAGAAGACUUUCGCACAAUUGGAAACCUCCAGCUGCAUAAACUGGAUGAGCUUGACUGCCUUGUCAAAGGCUUAUUGUAUAUAGACUCUGUCAGCUUUAAUGGCCAGGCAGAGUGCUAUUACUUUGAAAAUGCCUCAGAACCUGAGAGAUGCCAAAAGAUGCCUUUUAACCUGGAUGACCCGUAUCCACUGCUGGUAGUUAACAUUGGUUCAGGAGUCAGUAUUUUGUCAGUCCAUUCCAAAGACAACUAUAAAAGAGUAACUGGAACAAGUCUAGGUGGAGGGACCUUUCUUGGUUUAUGCAGUUUGUUGACAGGCUGUGAAAGUUUUGAAGAAGCUCUGGAAAUGGCAUCCAAAGGAGACAGCACACAUGCUGACAAGCUGGUUCGAGAUAUUUAUGGAGGAGACUAUGAAAGAUUUGGCUUGCCAGGAUGGGCAGUAGCAUCCAGUUUUGGGAAUAUGAUCUACAAAGAGAAGAGAGAAUCUGUGAGUAAAGAAGACCUGGCAAGAGCUAUUCUGGUCACCAUCACCAAUAACAUUGGGUCUAUUGCCCGGAUGUGUGCAGUAAACGAGAAAAUAAACAGAGUUGUCUUUGUUGGCAAUUUUUUACGUGUGAAUACUUUGUCAAUGAAGCUACUUGCAUAUGCACUGGAUUAUUGGUCAAAAGGCCAACUGAAGGCCUUGUUCCUAGAACAUGAGGGAUACUUUGGAGCUGUUGGUGCUCUUCUUGGGUUGCCAAAUUUCAGUUGAGAUACCAGAUGUCACUACACUGAACUAUUUUCCACCUGGAUGGCACUUGUUUGUGGCAAUGGAAACUAAAUCUGGGGAGGGGAGAUGAAAACAGCAAAUUUGCUAUAACUAUUUUUAAAUUUAAGAAGUGAUAAGCUACUGAAUUUUGCCAUUGUAAGGAAGGGGAUUUUACUCUGUUGGGCAUUGAAAAGCAAAAUAUUAGGGAUAUCAUUUAUGUUCUUUGGUACACAUAGCCAGUAUUGAACUUCUAAUAUGCAAUACAUCCUCUGAAAGGAAGCUUCCAGAAGAAAGAAUGCCAGUCUUUUAAGUGUCCAGCACUAAUACUGCGAGUUUACUCCUAAGGCUUCAAGCACGUAUGUUUUGAAUAUAAUUGAUAAAUGACACAUUAUUUUCAUUAGUUAGACUCUAUUAAAAGCAGAAUUUCCCUUGUGUACUUACAGAAUAAGCAACUUCAAAAACAGUGAAGUACUAACAACAAGAUGGAGAAACUGUACUCAAUUGCUUUCCACAGUAAGAAUAGCAAGAUGUUAACAGCAUUUGAUGUUUUAAUAAUCAUUCUGUUUUGAUGGAAAAAAAUAUUAAUGCUUUGUUUUCCAUUGGGGAAGAAUAAAAAAAAGAUUAGCAAAAGCAAAGGAGCAAGUAGUUGAUGUUUUGAUGGUUUUGUGAAGAUACGUGCUUGCCUUCUUUGCUUAUUUGGAGAUGUACCUUGUAUUUUCAGAAGAUCCCCCCCUAUCUUUGGAUUAGGGUGAGGAUUCAAAGAGUAAGAAGGUCUUUGAGAGGGUAAGGCUUUCAAAAUUUCUUGGCUGUCUUCUAGUUUUUGGUCUCUUUUAUGAGUAAAAUUCUGACGUCGUUCCUUGUAAAGGCACUGCCAAGCCUGUGAGAGUUGAAGGUAUCCUUGUAAAAUAGACUAAGACCUUGUAAUUCUGAUAAUUUGACUUGUUAUUUCUGUGGAGAUUUGAAAAAUUCUCCUCAAUCUUGUAAGUUUGAAAAUAUGAUUUCUCUUUAAUUUCAUGAGUUGAUCAGUAUCUAAUAAGACAUUAAAAAUGAAAGACCUUUAGCUUGUGUUUGGAUUUGGAAGCUUAUUUAUGAAGGUUGAGGACAGCAUCAGAGUUUGUAUUGCAGCACCAAAAGGACCAAUAUUUAGUGCCCUUGCAUUAUGGAACUGUUCAUCAAACUGUGGCCUUGGGAUAAAAUCCAUACUCUGGAACUGUUUUUUGGUGUUUUUUCUGUAUAUUUUUAAAAUUUGUAAUUGUGAUUAUUGUAAUAAGUCUAGUCUUGAAGCCAAGACAUGAGAUGUUAAACUAGUGAGAGCAUUAUGCAGUCAUUAGCUAUAUAAUUCUUUGCAGACUAAAGAAAUAACCUAUUUUAUGAUAUAAUUUUAAUGUUAAUUGUUUCCUAUAAGUGCAUGAAGAGCAACCAAACAAGAAACCAGACAAGAUCACAUUUGUGUUGGGUUUUAACAUGUUUUUAAAACUGAUUGCUGGAGUAUUCCACAGCAUGGCUACCUUGUAUUUACAGCCACACCACCUAUCUGCCUAGUGUGUAAGAAAGUUCUGUGUGCUAUUUUCAGCUGUCUGUCUUUUCUUAAGUUCAAAGCUUCAUAUUAAUACAAUAUAGAAAAGAAAAAACCUUCUAUGGUCCUUCAGCCACUUGAUUAAGCCCAGUGCCAAUCUCAGAUACAGUUUGGUCUACUGUUGCAUUUUUCUAGUACUCGCAUUACAUUUCUGUUCUUCUUACUUUGAUAGUGUUUUAGUCUAGAUAUAAAAUAAUAAAAAAAAAUUACACCUACAGUUCAGCUGAUCUAAUGCUAAUUAGAACUUCAGAAAAUAGGUGAAUAUGGCUUCUAUAGAGUGUCUUUGUAAAAGCCAUUAUUGUUUCUUUCAAGUUAUGGUAAACUAUAGAAGGCAAGCUUUAUUUGGUUACAGAACUUUAUGAAAACAUAAUCUUCUGAAUGUUUUGACAAUCUCUUGAAAAUUGUGUACUGACUAUAUUUUUUCGCAAAGCAAAAUACUUCAAGACACAUAACUUGAUCAGAAACAGUUACUUUAGUCUGUGUUUAUUGCUACUUCACUUCUCAUAUUUUGUGUUACUGAAACAUAGAGCUGUUCUUGAAGCAGUAGCUGGAAAUAACUAGUGCAUUUAACCAGAAGCACAUGUAGGAGAUGGUUAUCUAAUGACCAUGGUUAAUUUAAACCCUUUGAAAUUGAUGUGACCUAAGAUAGGACAUUUUUAAGAUAAACUGUACAGAGUUAUGGAAUGAAUUUCUGAAGUAAUUCUUGAAUAGUCGUACUGUAUUGAAACUACUGUGAGAAUGAGGAAGUAUGCCCUACCUCUCUUCUUCCCCAAGCUUAGUAAGAGUUGGCUUCCUUUCUGUAGUUUUUAUCAGCACAACUGUUAUUUAUUACAAGAGCCACUAGAGAAGUUCUCAAGCCCUGCUGAAAAGCCCAACGGUGCUGUAUGCAAGCCACAUCUUUGGUUUUUUCUCAUUAUUUUCUCUUAGCUUGAAACUUGUUACUAGAGUCUCCAAAGCAUGUCUGUGCCGUGAGUAGAAAUGCUAAGUAUCACAAAUAUUUGUAAGAAGAGCCUUGAAGUCUUUAAUCUAAAUUCUCUUCUAAGUAGAUUGAAAAAGCUUGUGUUUUUUAUGCUGAAUCACUGAAGUAAACUUUUUCCUGAUUUUUUUUUUUUUUUUUUUUUUUGCUGUUUUUACUUUCACAUUUGCCAUUUCCUUUUCUCAAAGCUAACUGGUUGAAGUGACUUCAAAGUGGACUGAUUUAGUGUCGUGUACUGUAGUAGAGGAAAUUGGGGUUUUCUCAGGGCUACUGAUGUCUUCUCAAGUGGGACAACUUCCUUAAAGAAAAGUUGUGUGAUACUUCUAGAGUAAAAUGUAAAGCUCAUUUUGAAUGUGUAAUCACUUUCAGCCCAAUCAGCCAUGUGAGUGCCUUUUAAUUUUUCAUAUCUUGCUAGUUUUGCUGGUACUUGGACUUGAUCCAUGAGGUUUCCUGGCUCAUAUUACUUAUCAGAGAAAUGGCAAUUUUUUUGGUCAUGGAAAUGAUCUCCUCAAGCCAGUGUAUUAAGAGGUUCCAGGAGAACAGCAUCUGGUUUCUGGCUUCUCAUCCCCAUAGGUCUUGUAUUUGCAUUUCUUCCUCUCAUCCCUCUAGCUUGACCUUUUUAAGCAUUACGCACAAUUUUAUUAUAUUAGUAUCUCCCUAAAAAUCAUAAUAGUUUUUAGUCAGAAAAAAUACAAGUUCUUUCUGGACAAAGAAAUUAAUUUUUAUAUCAAACUGUCCCAAGUCAGUAUGGUUAUUAAACUUAACCACUUCUACCCUUCUAGUUCUACCUAAGCUAACUGCAUUUUGAACAGGAAGGAAACUUUUUCUACAAUACAGUUGGAAUAUUUAGCAAGCUGGAAUGAACAUACAUCUUCAGUCUUUUUUACUGAAGCUGGCAGAAGCUAAAGUAUAAACCUAUUUCCAUUCUUUUUAAUAAAACCUUAUUAAAUUUAACAGUUCAGAGAGAAGCAACACUGAUACCAUUUAUUUUUGUCUUGCUAAAAGUUUGGUCCAGUCCUUCAAAGGUGGUUCGAAUCUCCGGCCUAUCUUUUGAAGAACUUUGCCUUCUUUCCAUAGCGUAUUUUGCAUGCAUACACCUAUGUGAUUCUACCAACACCACACAGGUUACCUCCUUUUGUAAUUUGAGAGUUAUGACAUGCAUAAGAGAUCAUGCAGAGAAUAAUAGGUCCUGUUUACUCUCAACCUGUAUAUGAAAAACAAACUCAAUUCUAGCUUCUAAUAAUGCAUUAAAUAUUCCUUCAGUAGUACUGUGAGAUUUUUAUUUGCAUAUAUGUCAUGUGUAAUAUACACGCAAGGUGAUUUUAUUGCCUUUAAGGACUGUACUGCUAGCUCUUUUGUCUCUGUCCAAUGUAGGUCAUCAGGAAGUAUCUACUUCCAGAUAAGUCGCAAUAACUUUUCAUUGUUAAAUGCUUCAGAAUAACAGUGGGAUUUUAACAUUAGUAACUAAUUAUUUUUUUUCUUUAGAGCAAAUCUAUACUCCUAUAUAAGACUAGGCAUGUCUUAUGAAUUCAGACCGUAACUUGUAUUAAUGCCUAAAUUUACAUUCAAACUAAUUUUUAAACAUCACCUUCAUUAUUCAUACUAUGGAAACUGGAUCACUAUAAUCCUGAGGAAACAGGUUAGUUAAAUUCAGAAUGGAGUUCAAGAUUAAUGCAGUUCUGUUUGUACACGUGUAAUGAAGUGAGCUUUUUCCCUUCCUUCCUCCGCCCCCCCCCCCCCAUAGCAGGGAUUUCCAAAUCCCUUUUUGGAUAAUAUAGGAUAGAAGAAUUUGCUUAGGUUAAGAGAACAAAAUUGUUGCGGGUCAGAUUAAAAGUAUUUGACCAAGACCUGUAGAUCACAGUGGAGAGCUACAAAACAUGCUUGAUGCAUACAGCUAACGUUUGGUUUUACUUUUCCUAUUUCUGUUUAAGGCACAAAGAUCAUUUUAGAGAAAAUGAAUUAUUUUAAUUUCUCAGACAUAACCAAGAUUGUUUGGUAUGCAACAGAUGUGAGAGACGAAAUACACCGUAUCACACAGUAUAGAGGAAUAAUUCCUCGCUUACAUUCUUUGAGUUUUACUAAUAUAUUCCAAAGAACAUUGCCAGUAUUCUGUCAUCUGCGAUAAGAUAGUACAGUUCCUCAAGUAUAAAACAACAAUCUGCAAACAAGCCUGUUUUUUGUUUCCUUUUUCACACAUGUGAAGUGUAUUAAAUACUUUUAAAACCAUGCUUUCUGGAAGCAUCUCAAAAGAUGCUGUUGUGUAUUCAUAAUUAUUAAUAUGCUAAUGGAAUAUGAACAGUCUAGGUUAGGAUGACUGAAUGCCAAAUCUUGCUCACUACAGUAACUCAAGCAGACAGUUCUCUUAAGUGGGGAUUAUUUUAAAUUUAUGGGCAAGAUUUGGCCUCAAGGCCUUCUCACUGGAGAACAUGGUAGUGCUACUUAGCAUAUUCCUGCUGGUGCUAAAUCGUUUGUUGAAAAUAAAGAUUCUAAAUAGAAAUUGUAAAUAAAAUAUUUAUGGCCUGGUCUUUUUGACAGACUUACAUUUUAUCGCUUGCAAAAAGUUUUGGCCUUAUUUCAAGUUUCCCUUUUUCUUAGACUGUAGGGACUGUGGUUGUUAAUGUGGCAAGUUGCUGACAGGUUUGGCUUUCGUGCUGCUUUCUGUAAGGCCCGUAACAUUCCAGUUGUGCGUUAUGAUAUGGAUCACUCUCCAUAGCCAGAGUUCGGUGUUACCCCUAGGCUUGUUUUGUCAUUGUAGCCGUUUAAGCAGAUAGUACUAAAUGGAACAAGAUCAGCAUAUGCUUUUUGCUAAACCUUCAAGAAAUUAAGCCAUUACUGUAAGCAUUUGUGGGGGAGGAGUUGAAAAAUGCAAAAAAACUCCCUAUUUAAAAUCAUUUUAAGUGACAUUGAUUAGUCUUGCCUCUAAAAUAAACUGGAAUAUGGUAUAAGAGUUGCUACUCUGAUAGAUAGCAGAUGCUAGCAUUUCACAGUUCUUCUAACAUCAGUUUAAGAACACUGUAAAUACAACCUUCAGGAGGAGGUUCAGAUUGGUGCAUUACAAAAAAUAAUUUCAUAAGACUGUAGUUUAAUUAGUAUUUUGAGACACAUUACAACAUCUAGAACAUAAAAAUUAGUGUAUGGAUGUUAGAGGAAAUAGAGGGUUUUUGAUAAUCUGCCCCUUUUCACUGUCCUCAUAAAUUUUUGGCAUUUUAACAAGCAAGUAUUUUAAAUUUUCAUCUAUUGUCUUGUCAUAUGCAGGCCUUCUAAUGAUCAGUUCGUGUCUUCAGAGUGUUUGUUUUAGUUACUUAGCAAAAUGGACAGGCAAAUUUAUGAACUGCAAGCCCAUGUAGGAUGGAGGUUCUCCUAAGAGCCAUUAGGUUAAGUUGCCUUAUUCUGGUACAUUGCACUCAUGUUAUGUCUCCACUUUUUCUUGUUUACUGUUCUGACACUGAAGAUGUGAUGUAAAAAUAUGUGCUAAAAUUUUUUUAUUCAUGAGUUACUGAUUGAUACCUUUGUGUCACCUGUUAAUAGAGCUCUUGUAAAUGAUACUUUAUGCCAUCUGUAAUACAGCUCUUGUAAAUUGUUUAAAUUAUUUUUCCUUUUAUAGAUUCUCGUUAUUGAAUGUACAGAUUGGGUCCCUUUCAUAUUUUGCUAAGUAAUUACACUGUAGCCAAAAUGUGGCCAACACUGUAAUUCAUCCCAUUAAAACUGUAGAUAAUUCUUUACUGCUUGUUUGCAUGAAUGAAAUUUGGAUUUCAUUUACUCUGUCAUAAGCCAACUCCUCUGUGAUGGGCCUACUUUUUACAAUUUAUUUUCCUAUUUUUGUUACUGUUUGUUCUGUAUGAAUGUUGAAACAGUACUUUGUCUUUUCCUAAUAAACGAUUUGAGAUUGUUCAUUGUU